AUGCGUCUGUUGAGCUCUGACCACCUCGGUGGGUUCAGCCUGACGAAAGACUUGAUUGACAAUAUUCCGGCCUAUGCCAUUCUCUCGCACACCUGGGGCGCUGAAGAUGAUGAGGUGACUUUUGAUGAUAUCGGAAGCAAGCAAGCUGAAGGCAAGGCGGGCUAUGCUAAACUUCAGUUCUGCAAGAGACAGGCCGAGAGAGAUGGCUUGCAAUACUUCUGGAUAGACACUUGCUGCAUCAAUCGAGCCAAUCAUGCCGAGCUCGCAGAAGCCAUUAUAUCCAUGUAUCGCUGGUAUCGUGGCGCUGCGAAGUGCUAUGUCUAUCUUUCCAAUGUGUCUACAACAAGUAUUGAUGAUGGUGACAGAGAGAGUCAGGCCGCAUGGCAGGCGGCCUUCUAUAAAAGUCGCUGGUUCACGCGCGGCUGGACACUACAAGAGCUUCUAGCACCCAGGUCGGUUGAAUUCUUUUCUCAUGAGGGACUCCGUCUCGGGAGCAAAAAGACUCUGGAGGGUAUGAUCCACGAAAUCACCAAGAUCCCCUUAUCAGCGCUUCGAGGCGAUUCCUUGUCUAAUUUUUCAGUGGACGAACGCUUAAGAUGGGCUUUGGGUCGUAACACCAAGAGGGUCGAAGACAAGGCAUAUUGUCUUUUGGGCAUUUUUGACGUGUACAUGCCAACUCUGUAUGGCGAGGGCGAUCAUGCAUUCACUCGACUGAAAGAGGAAAUCUACAAAUCAGUAAGAACUAGGCGGGAUAUGGGUGAUCCACGUUUCUCACAAGCGAACACAAGUUCAUCUGAUGACUCGUCUGUUGAAAAUAUGGACUGGAGCCCUGUUUCUGUAACCGAAAAGCUCGCUGCCUGGCUCUCACCUACAAAUCCUAAAGUUCAUCACGAGAGGUCCAACAAAUGUCGCACACACGGUAGCGGGACCUGGUUUCUGGAGCGUGAGAGUUUCAAGCAAUGGGUGUCCUCGGGCCAUGGAGCGUUCCUUUGGUUACGCGGAAUAAGCGGUGCGGGAAAGACAACGCUCAUGUCAGCGGUCAUCGAAGAGUUAUUGCGACGGAAUGAUUCCAAUACCGUGGUCGGAUACUUCUAUUGCUCGUUUGACGACCAAGAAAGCCAACUUCCCUCGAGUAUCUUCGGGUCUAUCCUAGCGCAACUUGCGAAACGGAGUCCAGAGCUCUCUCGAGAACUCACAGAGCUUUACCGUGAGAGACUCGGCCGCGACGGUGGAAAGCCAAAGCCUCUCCUGCUAGAGGAAAUGUUAGACAUUAUCCGCAGAGCGUCCCGACAAUAUACCCAAGUAUACAUCGCGAUAGACGCUGUCAAUGAAGCGAGCGAGCCCCUGCUGGUGCUGGAAACGUUGAGGGCCCUUUCCCGGAGCUGUACCAUCAUCAUAUCCAGCGUCAACAGUCUGGAUUUUGAGCAGUACUUGCCAGUGAUGCCCUGCCUGACGAUCGAGACCAUCCGCGGGGCUGAUAUCCAGGACGAUGUCAACACCUAUAUCCGCAAUUUUCUUGAGAGACAUGCCCGGAUGCAAGGCUUGCCUUCUGAUAUCAAAGAGGAAAUAGCCGUGUCUCUUACGCGGGGGAACAACGGCAUGUUUCGGUGGGUGCAGUGCCAGCUCGUGCGGUUAGCCCACCUUAAGACUCCAGGCCAAAUCCGGACGACUUUAGCUGGGAUGCCAGCCACUCUUGACAGCACCUAUGAAGGAAUAUUAUCGCGCGUAGACGAGGGGGAUAAAGAUCUGGUGAGAGAGGUCCUUCUCUUGCUUACUUUCUGUCUCAGACCCUUAAGUCUGGUGGAAAUCUGUGAAGCUUUGCAGAUAACACCAGGGAUGUCCCAUCUGGACAAGAACAAGCUUUUACUAUUCCCUAUGGAUGCGGUGAGCGUCUGUGGCGGCCUGGUAGACUUCGAUGAGGAUAACGGGAUAGUGUCUCUCGCGCAUCACUCGGUGAAAACUUACCUGACCAAUCCAAACCGGCAAGGUAGCACGGCAUACUUCUAUCUCUCGGAGGAUUCAGCAAACCAAUACUUUGCAGAGAAAUGCUUGACCUAUCUCUCUUUCAAGGCCUUUGCAAGCGGUCCUUGUCUCGACACCGCUUCGCAGGACAAACGAAAAGCACGCUUUCCAUUUUUGUCUUACGCGGCCUACAACUGGGCGUUGCAUGCCGGGAAAGUGGCAUCAAUCGGGCCAUCUCUCUCGAUUGCGAUGAAGAAAUUCUUCUCGAGUCCGACUUCGAAACACGGAAACUUCUUGGCCUGGGUUCAGGUUCUUCUCCCUGAGCAACAGGUACAGGUGGUCUCUGGGACGCCACCGCUGUACUAUGCUGCUUCUUUUGGACUGACUCCGAUCGUAGAAUAUCUGAUCGACAGUGGUGCUGACCUUGAAUUACACGGCGGGCGAUUCGGGGCCACGCCGCUUGGUAUUGCCAGUUACCGCGGUCAUGUCGAUGUGGUGAAGAUUUUGGUGGACAGGGGAGCGAGUCCGUACACUCCAGAUAACACAGGCUUGAGCGCCGUCGAUUGGGCAGUCCAUCUAGGACGCAGCGAGGUUUUCGAAGUAUUCAAAGCUAGAGGAUUCGUGGUGGAUAGGCGCACUGAAUUAUCUAGGCUUAUGGGCUCAUGA